CCCGACUCAGCCAAGGUCCUGCUGGAGCUGGCUGAAGGUUCGACUGUUUCCACGGCGACCAAGCUGUUUGUGGACGCAGGUCUUUCCCCCCACCUGACAGGCUCGGAGACUCUGACCAUGCUGGCUCCUCUGGAUGACGCCUUCAGAGGAAGUGACACGACGAUGACACCCGACCUGCGGAGGCUGAUGACCAAUCACCUUCUGAAGGAGCAGCUGUCCUCCAAGGCUCUGUACCACGGCCAGGAGCUGGAGACGCUGGGAGGACUCAAACUGCGAGUGUUCGUCUAUAGAAAUAACCUGUGCAUUGAGAACACCUGCAUCGCCGCUCACGACAAGACGGGACGCUUCGCCACCAUGUUCACUGUAGACAAAGUCCUCACUCCACCCAUGGGGACCAUCAUGGAUGUCCUGAAGGCAGACGACCGCUUCAGUCUGCUGGUCGGAGCCAUCCAGACCGCAGGGAUAACGGAGCUGCUGAACCAGCAGAGGGCGCUCACCUUCUUUGCUCCCACCAACGACGCCUUCAACGCUCUGCCGCAGCAGGAACUCAGCAAACUCAUGCGUGAGUUUAACAAUACAAAACAUUUCAAUAUUUAAAAUAUGUUAGAAAUA